ACCUUUGAAGGAAGAAAGGAAGUGCCUCGGCGUCGCAGAGCCAGACAAGCAGAGUAAGAGGGAGCAGUAUGUCCGCGGAAGUCCCCGAGGCAGCCUCCGCGGAGGAACAGAAGGAAAUGGAAGAUAAAGUGACUAAUCCAGAGAAAGCCGAAGAAGCAAAAUUAAAAGCGAGGUAUCCUCAUCUGGGACAAAAGCCUGGAGGUUCAGAUUUCUUAAGGAAACGAUUACAAAAAGGGCAAAAAUAUUUUGAUUCUGGAGAUUACAACAUGGCUAAAGCAAAAAUGAAGAACAAGCAACUUCCUACUGCAGCCCCGGAUAAGACAGAGGUCACUGGUGAUCACAUUCCCACUCCACAGGACCUUCCUCAACGAAAACCUUCCCUUGUUGCUAGCAAGCUGGCUGGCUGAUUAAAAGAGCUGAACUGCAUGCAUCUUCUAAUUCCCGUUGUUUUUCCUUAAUAUGUUACUUCCCCGCUUUUUAUUUCAUUUUAUUCACUAAGUCAUUUGAGAGUGACAGCUUUGCAGGUAGUGGUAGUGUGUGCUGCUAUUGUAAGGGAAGAUACAUGUGUAGAGUUUUGAUUAGCUUAACAGUACACUGAUGGAGAGAACAUGUUAGAGCAACAUAAAGUAAUCUACUUGAAAAUAAUUGUAUAUAUUACCUAACUCCUAGUGUAGGACUGGUCGUAACAAACUACCAAGCAACUUUUACAAUUUUAAUGUUUUGGCUUUCUUUAAUUCAUCCUAAUUAUAGCUUUGUGUGUUACUCUUAUUUAAUUAACCUUUACUGUAUUGAUUUCUUCUGUAUCUUCCUUUUGGAUUUUAUAAAACAGAAGUUUAAGACCACAAGUUGGAAGAAAGGUCACAUAUUUCAAACACCAGUAGAUGGGGCUCCAAAAGAUUUGUAUUUCUGUGCUUGAACUUGAAUGGCCUUAAACCUGAUUCAGCUUUAACAAUAGAAGUUUACUUGGGCAAUAUUUGCCCAUUCUGGUGUAACUUAUGUGACCCUAGUGCUUAACAGCUGCCAUUGAAGCUAAUGUUCUCAUUCAGUUAUAUAGUUACAAUACCUUUUGUUGUUAAAGAUAUGAAUGAAGUAUGCAUGUGCAUCGACUGUUGAAUUCACUUUUGUGCCAUUUUUGUAAAUACAGUAGUUUUGCACAACCUC